GGGAAUAUACCUAAGUAAACAUCAUUUCGUAAACAAUAUUUGAUCUCAUAUCACGAGCAUCAUCUUCAUUUCUUAAGUAAUAGCAUCAAUUCAUAAUUAUCGUGAUUAUAUUGGUGUAUACAAUUGGAUUGGAAAUGGCGAUAAGCAACCUCCCUACCAUCCCCCUCGUCGUCUUCGGCGUCUUGGAGCCCGCGAUGCUGAUAUGGGCAUACAUAGUAGCCCUCCGGGACACACCAUCCUUCUACAUCGCCCAAGCACCCAACUUCCCCCUCCCCGCCGACGCGGAAGUCCCGCCUCACGGCCUGGUUCUCCUACUCCAGCUUGUGAACGUGUACGUCCUGCUCGCCGCGAUCGCAGUCGUGUGUAGUUUCACGCCGCAUGCUAGCGUGUCGCGGGGGUAUCUAAUUGCGGUCGCGUUUGCGGAUUAUGGGCAUAUUUGGGCGGUUUAUAAGGCCCUGGGCGCGGAAUUGUUUUGGGAUGUGGGGAGUUGGAAUGAUAUGAUCUGGGGAAGCAUCGCCGUGAGCGCGGUACUAAACGUACUCCGCUGGCUCACGGUCGCCGGCGCCUUCGGGGCGCUUCGGGAUGCGCGGGACCCGACGGCGGCCGCGGCGGGGGUUACCAAGAAGAGGGCUUGAAUUGGGAUGCGCGGAACGCGUGCUUGGACUUUCGGGUCCGAUCUUUGUGUUUGUGAUUCGGAUGUCCGAGCUCGGUGGUAUGUUGAUCUUCUCACCUCAAUCUCAUGUAUGGUCGUAUGUCAAGUUUUAGUUCUGUGUAUGGAGCGUUUUGCCCCUUAGAAGCUAUAAUGUUUUGGUUACAAAUUGAGUAAAUUGAAAUUAGUGUCGUGUGAGUUGAUUGAUCAGAAUUCACGUGGAGAAGCGAGGGAAAAUU